ACUUGGUAAAUCUCUGACGCAGAUCUGUUGAAUUGUUGAUUUUAUAUAGCGCUUAGUCGAAACCAAAUAUUAACUAGCUAUAGAACAGGUACCUGCACGGCUGUACGGGGGGAAAGGAAUUUAGAAGUUACACUUCACCUAUUGCUGCUUGGUUAUUUUCUGUCUUUGGACUGAACCACAGAGCUUCUAUAAUGGAUCUGGUAUGGCUCUUAUACAUCGGAGCGAGUCUCUGCGCUUUGCUCGUCUCUGCUGAGAGACACACUGUUUUCUGGAACGGUACCAACUCCAACUUCCGAUGGGACGACUAUGCAGUUGAGGUACACCUGAACGACUAUCUGGACAUUGUUUGCCCGCACUACCCACUGGGCGAGGUGCCAUCACAGGACGCAGAGCGCUAUGUGCUCUACAUGGUUGAACGUGAAGAUUACGACUCCUGCCGUCCGCUGUCCUAUGACCAGAUGCGCUGGGAAUGUGGCCACCCUUUCGCCCCGCAUGCACCUGAGAAGUUUUCUGAGAAGUUCCAGCGCUUCACUCCGUUCACUCUGGGAAAAGAAUUCCGACAGGGUGAAAGCUACUACUAUAUCUCCAAACCACUGCAUCACCAUGGACAGGAGUGUAUGAGGCUCAAAGUGAAUGUAGUUGCCAAUGAUGGCUCUCAAGAAGCCAGGGUUGGCACAGGAGGCAAAGCCAAGGUGGGCACAGGGGGAGGAGCUCACACGCCGUCCAAUCGGUUACCAGCAGAUGAUCCAGUCGUGGAUCUUCCUGAAAUACAGAAAAGCAUGCGGUCGAACUCCGCCUUGUCAACAGCAUCCUGGACCGUUCUCACAACGUUACUUCCCCUUUCAUUAUUGCUGGUCUUACACUGAGACAUUAUUGGACUCCAAUUUACACUUACAAAAGACUACAAUGACAGUGUCCUGUGUUGAUAAAAACACACAGGGGAAACCCAGUGCUGGCCAUUGGGGGAAACGGACAGGAAGUAGAGCUCUCUAACACAGCUGGUGCAAACUGAGAAAGCGCAUCUGGGAUGAAGAGGGCUUCGAAUUUUCUUACUUAUGGACACUUCUAAAGAAAAAAACUAUGAGACGUCAGAGUUUUCUGGAAAGAUUACUCAUGUAAAGGGAGAUUUUCAUUCCCCUUUUCCUUUUUAUUGACGUAUAAAUGUCUGGACUACACAAAACCUGGAAAAGACCAACUGAAACAAUAGCACAAUUGGAAUUGUAAUAGCUUGUUCUUCAGAUAUGGACAACCCCUUUAUUUGAGUGUCAUAAUUAGGAGAUGCUAGCCAAGAAUGAGCCAAAGACAACAGAGCUUCUCAUGAAGGAGUAGAGCGAUCAAAACUUUAAUUGUUUUCCUCUUUUUGUUGAUCCAGAGAAAUAUUUGAUAUAUGUAUUAAUUUAUGUAGCAGCAGUUCAGUGGGGUUUAUUCUCAUUCUUUCAUGAUUUUACAAGACUGUGUGCUGUACUAGGCAUUCAAUCAAUACACACUCCAAUACUGUUUACCAAACCCACUGACAUACUUGCUAAUCCAGAAUUGCUGUGUUGUUUUUGUACAUUGAUUGUUUAAAGAGUUAGUAAAUUAUUAGGUUUGCUACAGAACAAUUUACUAUAUAUAGCAAACAAAAAAUUUGACUGUGCGAAAUACAAUAUAUAAUUGGCUAUCAGCCUUCCAGCUCCCUAAAUAUCAGUGUUGGCCAUCUGCAAACCCAUAUUGGUCAACCACUAAUAUAUUCCAAUAUUUAGCUUAGUUCAAUUGCAGUAAAACAUUUAUUUACAUUUACAUUUAUGUAUUUGGCAGACGCUUUUAUCCAAAGUUACUUACAGAGCCCUUAUUACAGGGACAAUCCCCCCGGAGCAACCUGGAGUUAAGUGUCUUGCUCAAGGACACAAUGGUGGUGGCUGUGGGGAUCGAACCAGCGACCUUCUGAUUACCAGAUUGCCAGUGAUGUGCUUAGACCACUACACCACCACCUCUCUAAAACAAAUCUGUUAAUAUACUUCUCUAUUUUUACACCAUUUGACCUAAAUGUUAAAUAUAUAUACAUACAAUUUAAAACUAAAAAAAUCACAACAAACUGAAAAGUGCAUUAUUUAUUGAAUAUGGGUAGUUUGGCACAAAAGCCAAUCGGCCAAACAGGCAGAUAACGACCAUUCAAUAAUCUCAAAGUGGCUGACUACAAUAUACACAUUCAAUAAACAAUUUUAAGAUUUAUGCAUUUAAAUUUCAUAACACACUUCUAUCAAAUUGAAUUGAGUAAUCUGUAAAAAAAAAAAGAAGAAGAAAAAAUUAUUAUAUAUAUAUAUAUAUAUAUACACACACACGUCUUAUUAAUUUUAGUUUGUUAAAAAUUACACAAACAUUUUUGGCUAUGAAAUUGGAAUGCAUAAAUAAAAAGAAAAGUGACUAAUUUUAGAUUUUUUCAUUUAGAUUUGUUUUACAGUGAAUAGCUUAAUAUGGAGAAACUGGACCAGGUUUAAAAUUUUGCAAAGACACACGCGUAUAACAUUAAUCUGCUAAAACUACAGCACUAUGAACAAACACAACACACUCUGACUGGUGACAGAGCAUUCAAUGUAACAGUUUAAGCUCACUUCUGAGCAGUUGUUCAUACGACUAACUUUAGAUCCCUCUGAUUUGUUUUUUCCAGUUUGUUUUUUAUUCUCUUAUGUAAUUCUCAUAUUCUUAUUUUGUACAUGUGUUGUGUAAAAUGUAUAUUAUGUAUAUAAAGAAGAUUAUAUGUAAAAAAGAGACAUUUGAUAAAGAAAAAAACAAGUUAAUGUGAAAAUUCUUAUGUGAAAAUAAAUGAUAUUUUUGGAAA